AACGUCACUGGCCUCUCUGCUGCUGGAAGUUGUGGGCGUCGACUUCUAAAUAAACCCACGGCGGCGUUACUCUCGCGGGUUGCGGUCUUACGGUUCGGUUUGGUUCCUGAUGCCUGGGUCGCGAGGCCUUGAGGAGCUUUUCCAGGUGUCCUGAGAAGGUCCGGGGCGCCCAGGGCAUCCCGAGGUCACCCCGCCCGGCGCCAUGUCCUGGAUGUUCAAGAGGGAUCCUGUUUGGAAGCAUUUGCAGUCUGUCCAGUAUGGAGACCAUGGAAAUUUUCCAAGACUUUCAUACCCAACUUUCUUUCCACGUUUUGAAUUCCAAGACGUUAUCCCUCCAGAUGACUUCCCAACAACUGGUGAUGAAGAGCUAGAUUCCGUUUUAUUUGGAACUUUGAGAGGUCAAGUUGUUGGACUACGCUAUUAUACAGGAGUAGUAAAUAAUAAUGAAAUGGUUUCUUUACAACGAGAGCCUAAUAAUCCCUAUGAUAAGAAUGCAAUUAAAGUAAAUAAUGUGAAUGGAAAUCAGGUUGGCCAUUUAAAGAGAGAUCUUGCAGCUGCCUUGGCCUAUAUCAUGGACAACAAAUUGGCACAAGUGGAAGGGGUAGUUCCUUUUGGUGCAAAUAAUGCUUUUACCAUGCCACUUCAUAUGACUCUUUGGGGAAAAGAAGAAAAUAGAAAAGUGGUUUUAGAUCAGUUGAAGAAACAUGGAUUUAAAUUGAGUCCAACACCAAAAACUCUAGGAUUGAGUUUGGAGAAUAAUUGGGGCUCUAGAAGAGCUGGACCAAGCUAUACUAUGCCAGGUCAUGUUACAGUACAGAUGACAACUGAACAGCUCAAAAUGGAAUUUGACAAAUUAUUUGAAGAUUUAAAAGAAGAUGGUAAAACUAAUGAAAUGGAACCAGCUGAGGCUAUUGAAACCCCAUUGCUUCCACACCAAAAACAAGCUCUGGCUUGGAUGAUUUCACGAGAGAACAGCAAAGAGCUUCCUCCAUUCUGGGAACAGCGAAAUGACUUAUAUUAUAACACAAUAACAAAUUUUUGUGAGAAGGAACGACCAGAAAAUGUCCAUGGAGGAAUUUUAGCUGAUGAUAUGGGUUUGGGCAAAACUCUUACUGCCAUUGCAGUAAUUCUUACCAACUUUGCUGAUGGCAAGUCUCUUCUCAGUAAAAGAAGCAAGAAGAAUCAACCAAGAAAGGAAUACAAGGAGGAGACUGGUAAACUCAGAGGGAGUAAUACUGACAAAGAGGCAGAUGGACUAAGCGCAGAGCCAUCCAGAUAUAGUGAAGAACCUGGUGUUUCAGAUAUUCAGGAGAAGAAUAAGUAUCCCAUGUCGGAAUUGUCUAGUUUCUGCCCUAAAAGAAGAAAAAUUGCUGUUCAGUACAUUGAAAGCAUUGAUUCAGAGGAAAUUGAAACUAGUGGACCUCCACAGAAAAUGAAAGGAUCAUCUAAGGUUAAAGAAGAUACAAAAUUUGCUCAUGCACUUACUUUAUCUGCCCUUGCAACAAAGAAGAAAAUGUUGAAAAAGGGGGUAUCUGUGGUGGAGCGCUCAAAAAAAUGUGACACUGGAGAGAGGACAAGAACAACACUGAUCAUCUGUCCACUUUCUGUGCUGAGCAAUUGGAUUGAACAAUUUGGACAACAUAUAAAAUCAGAAGUGCACUUGAAUUUUUAUGUUUAUUAUGGUCCUGAUCGUAUAAGAGAACCAGCCUUCCUUUCAAAACAGGAUAUUGUUUUGACUACUUAUAAUAUUUUAACUCAUGAUUAUGGAAAUAAAGAUGACAGUACAUUGCAUAGCAUAAAAUGGCUAAGAGUGAUCCUGGAUGAAGGACAUGCCAUACGAAAUCCAAAUGCUCAGCAGACAAAAGCUGUACUUGACUUAGAGGCAGAAAGAAGAUGGGUAUUGACAGGUACUCCUAUCCAGAAUUCUUUAAAGGACUUGUGGUCUCUUCUGUCCUUUUUAAAACUUAAACCAUUUAUUGAUAGAGAAUGGUGGCAUAGAACAAUACAGCGUCCUGUUACAAUGGGAGAUGAGGGAGGACUUAGAUGGGAUUUUUUUUUAACUCAAGAAGAGGAUGACUUUGGAGUACAGAAGAUAGGAUCUUCCUCCUAUCUGCACUCUAUGCGUUUACAGUCCUUAAUUAAAAAUAUCACACUUCGAAGAACAAAGACAAGCAAAAUUAAAGGGAAACCUGUUUUGGAGUUACCAGAAAGGAAAGUAUUUAUUCAGCACAUUACACUUUCAGAAGAAGAGAGAAAGAUUUAUCAGUCUGUUAAAAAUGAAGGCAAAGCUACCAUUGGAAGGUAUUUUACUGAAGGGACUGUUCUUGCACACUAUGCAGAUGUUUUGGGUCUUCUGCUUAGAUUGCGGCAGAUUUGUUGUCAUACUCAUCUUCUUACAAAUGGAAUGUCUUCAAGUGGUCUUUCCGGAAAUAAUACACCUGAAGAACUGAGAAAGGCAUUAAUAAAGAAGAUGAAGUUAAUUCUGAGCUCUGGUUCAGAUGAAGAAUGCGCAGUUUGCCUGGAUUCAUUAACAGUUCCUGUGAUAACACAUUGUGCACAUGUUUUUUGUAAACCUUGUAUUUGCCAGGUCAUUCAAAGUGAGCAGCCACAUGCUAAAUGCCCUUUAUGCAGAAAUAAUAUACGUGGAGAUAAUUUAUUAGAAUGUCCUCCAGAAGAAUUGGCAUGUGACAAUGAGAAAAAGUCCAAUAUGGAAUGGACAUCCAGUUCAAAGAUUAAUGCUCUAAUGCAUGCUUUGAUUGAAUUAAGGACAAAGAACCCCAACAUAAAAAGUUUAGUUGUUUCUCAGUUUACCACAUUCCUGUCUUUAAUAGAAACACCACUUAAAGCCUCAGGAUUCAUGUUUACUCGUUUAGAUGGUUCCAUGGCUCAAAAGAAAAGAGUUGAAUCAAUUCAAUGUUUUCAAAACACAGAAGCAGGAUCUCCCACUAUAAUGUUACUGUCCUUAAAAGCAGGUGGAGUUGGCUUGAAUCUUUGUGCAGCUUCUCGAGUGUUCUUAAUGGAUCCAUCCCCAGGGAACUAAGAAGAAAAUGACAGCCUAAGUAUGACAUCAUCUGCAUAUGAAUUAUGAUUGUUUCUAUUUUCAGAUAGUACUUGCUGUGUAAAUGUACUGUUACCCCAAAAUACUGUUUUCAGGUUUGUAUGUUGUGUAUAUGUUUUAGUGUGUACCUGUACAAGUGAGUAUGUAGACCAGAGAAUGACGUUGGCUGUCUUUUUCUAUUGCUCUCCAUGUUACUCCAUCAAGACAGGAUCUGUCAUUGAACCUGAAGCUCACCAUUUUGUCCAGGCUUACUGGCCAGUGAAAUCUUAGAAUCCUCUUGUCUCUGUUCCCCAAACUGAUACAAGCACAUGGAGCCAUGCCCAGAUUCUCUGUGGGUGCUGGGGAUUUCAAACUUAGGUCCUCAUGUUUCCGUAGCAAAUUCUAUACCACUGAGCCACUCCUAGCUCUUGCUUUCAUUUUUUAAGAAUCUUCAAAUUUAGCUUUUUUGUAACUUUUAUUAUUUAUUUAUGUGUAUGUAUCUGCAGUGUUUAUAGCAGGUGCCUGAGGAAUCUAGGCAGAAAGCUUCACAUACCCUGGAGCUGGAGUUACUGGUGAUUUUGAAAUGCUUGAAUGGGGAGCUGAGAACUGCAUUCCAAUCCUCUGAAAGAGCAGCAUGCACUUUAACCAUUGACCCAUCUCUCCAGCCCCCAAAUUUAAUCUUUUUAUUUUG